AUGAAGGGAUUCAGGCAGAGAGUGCACGAACAGUUAUCGAGGGCGAAAGAUUCAAACAAGUCCUCUAAGAAGAAAGACUCCUCGAAUAACUCAUCUCAGAGUCAAGCGUCCAACGCGAGCGCUGGGCCCCAGGCUCCGUCCCCGGCGGCAAGCCCGCAUCAUGGUACACCCACCUCGUCCACCAGUUCUGUCAAUGAUGUGAGAAGCAAAUCGGCUCAUCCCGCGGAUAAUGGAAUUUCAGGUGGCCCCCUCCCUUCUGCUGGCACCCCCAAUGCAGCUCCUAACGCCAGUCCUGCGGCGGCCCAGAAUACGAACAAUGCUCCUACCACCCCAACGAGGCCAGGGCACUCAAUGGCUCCUAGUGUGGUGAUUAGUCCAAGCGCACCGCAUGUCCCUCCUCCUGGUGCAGCAGAGACGAUGCCAGGUGAUCUUGCGCCCCCGAAAAAGUCCCAUGCUUUUGACCGGCUACAGACAACCCCCAAGGAUAUCCAGGAGGGUAUCAGGACACCAAAGCGCCAACAUUCGUCCAGAUUUGAUAUCUCAGACCAGCGCCAGAGAGAACUCGAGAAGCUUCCCGGGUUUCAUGAAGUGCCGCCAAACCGCCGCCAAGACCUCUUCAUGCAGAAGAUCGACCAGUGCAAUAUUAUCUUCGACUUCAACGACCCAACUCAAGACAUGAAGUCCAAGGAGAUCAAGAGGCUGGCUCUCCACGAGCUCCUGGACUAUGUCGCCAACAACCGCUCAGUCAUCACAGAGCCCAUGUAUCCCCGUGUUGUUGAUAUGUUUGCGAAGAAUCUGUUCCGUCCUAUUCCACCUCCCGUCACGCCCCAAGGGGAAGCUUUCGACCCGGAGGAAGAUGAGCCGGUUCUCGAAGUAGCGUGGCCUCAUAUUCAAGUGGUCUACGAGUUCUUUCUUCGGUUUAUUGAGAGCCAGGACUUCAACACAAAUAUCGCGAAAGCCUACAUUGACCACCAUUUUGUGCUUCAGCUACUUGAACUCUUCGAUUCAGAAGAUCCCAGAGAACGUGAUUUCCUUAAGACGACCCUUCACAGGAUCUACGGGAAGUUUUUGAACUUACGCUCUUUUAUCCGUCGCUCAAUCAACAACGUAUUCUUCCAGUUCAUUUACGAGACCGAACGCUUCAAUGGAAUUGCCGAGCUGCUGGAGAUUUUGGGGUCCAUAAUCAACGGCUUUGCCCUGCCGCUGAAGGAGGAGCACAAGCUGUUCCUGACAAGAGUUCUAAUACCCCUUCACAAGGUCAAGAGUCUCAGCAUGUAUCAUCCGCAACUCGCGUACUGUAUCGUUCAAUUUUUGGAGAAAGAUGCGGCUUUGACAGAGGAGGUCGUUCUUGGUCUCCUCCGCUACUGGCCUAAGGUCAACAGUACUAAAGAAGUCAUGUUCUUGAACGAAGUGGAAGAUAUCUUUGAAGUCAUGGACCCCGCAGAAUUCGCUAAGGUCCAAGAGCCUCUUUUUCAGCAGCUGGCUAAAUCAGUAGCCAGCCCACAUUUCCAGGUCGCUGAACGCGCCCUCUACUUCUGGAACAAUGAAUACUUCUGCAACCUGGUCAGCGAUAACGUCGAGACGAUCCUGCCGAUUAUGUUUGCCCCUCUUUACGAGAACUCAAAGGGACAUUGGAAUAGGACGAUCCACAGCAUGGUAUACAAUGCCAUGAAACUGUUUAUGGAAAUAAACCCACAGCUUUUUGAUGACUGUUCUCAUGAAUACAACGAGCAGCAGAACAGUGCCGAUGAACGCGAGAAGACACGGCAACAGAGAUGGGAGCAGCUCGCUGAACAGGCAAAGCUGAGGAAGCAGGGCCUUCUUCCUUCUCCGGCGAAAGCCCCUGCUCCUGCUACAGACACAACUCCUCGCACCGAUGACAUCGACCCAAUAACCCAAGAUAGCCAGAAAAGGCUUAAUGCAUUGAAACUGCAGGAUGAAUCGAGCCCUGGAAAGGAGAGGAGAGUUCGAGAACCCGAGCGACAGAAUUCGGUUAUCGUCGCAAUAAUGGAGCGAAAUAUCGAUACCUAUGCCAGCAAGCUGGCAGACGAGAAGAUCGUAGAUACCAGAGUGAGAACAAAUGUCGCGGUCGAGUUACGGGAUAAUAUCGAGCCGCUAUGCUCAGGUUCCAAUUACCCCAUCUUCCUGGCGAAGCUGUGGCCGAUAUUCAAGAACAUAUUGAAGGGGGAUCCUGUGUUUACGAAUAUGUCAUACGAGCAGAAAAUGAGGAACUGUAUUCUCGAGACGCUACACCGGUUACCGAUGGCCUCCCCGGAUGUCGAACCCUACGCUGCUGAGAUGGUAGAUGUUCUGAUGGGACUGGUGCGUGUUGAAAACGAAGAAAAUGCUGUCCUCUGCAUGAAGACGAUAAUGGACCUGGAGCGGAACCAGGCCAAGGCCACAGCGUCAAAAGUCCAGCCUUUUCUUGAGCUCAUCCAGGAGAUGUUCCAGAGCAUGGAACAGGUUGUCCGUGAUACGUUUGACACGCCGGCCCAAGGCACAACGCCGGGAAUGCCAUCGACGCCUAGUACAACUUCGCAGAAUUUCCAGUCGCCGCGGCCCUCUUCACCAGCAACAUCGGUGGCAGACUUGGGGCCCGAUCAGCAGGCUAAUCACCACCUGUUGAAAGGCAUGCAGUCAUUCAAGGUUCUGGCCGAAUGCCCCAUUAUCGUGGUCUCCAUUUUUCAGGCCCACCGCAGCUCUGUUAACCCAAAUGUGAAGCUCUUUGUUCCUCUAAUCAAGAGCAUUCUUCUUUUACAAGCAAAACCGCAGGAAAGAGCGCACACAGAUGCCGCCGCCCAAGGAAAGAUCUUCACAGGUGUCUGCAAGGAGAUAAAGAACCGGGCUGCCUUUGGGGAAUUCAUUACCGCUCAAGUGAAGACCAUGAGCUUCUUGGCGUAUCUGUUGCGAAUGUACGCACACCAAUUACAAGAUUUCCUUCCGACCUUGCCUUCAGUCGUCGUCCGUCUACUUCAAGAUUGUCCCCGAGAGAAGUCAAGCGCUAGGAAAGAGCUUUUGGUUGCGAUUCGUCAUAUAAUUAACUUCAAUUACCGCAAGAUAUUCCUCGAAAAGAUUGACGAGCUCUUAGACGAACGGACCUUGAUCGGUGAUGGACUCACAGUUUACGAAACUAUGCGACCUCUUGCUUAUAGCAUGCUUGCGGACCUGAUCCAUCAUGUGAGGGAUCAUCUGAAUCGCGAUCAAAUCCGGAGGACUGUAGAAGUGUACACGAAGAAUCUCCACGAUGACUUCCCUGGUACAAGUUUCCAGACUAUGAGCGCCAAGCUGCUGUUGAACAUGGCCGAGAAGAUAUCCAAGCUAGAAGAUAAGCAGGAUGCGCGGUAUUUUUUGAUCAUGAUCCUCGAUGCUAUCGGUGAUAAGUUCGCUGCGAUGAAUCAUCAAUACGACAACGCCGUCAAGGUGUCCAGAGCGAAUAAGAAAGGCACCGAAACGCCUUCGGAGAGCUUCCUUGCGAACAAGGACUCCCCUCCAGACUGGGACGAAAUCGACAUUUUCUCGGCCGCACCCAUCAAGAUUUCGAACCCUCGUGACCGCGGUGCUGAUCCCGUCUCAGACAAUCUAUUCCUCUUCAAGAACCUCAUCAACGGCCUGAAGAACAUCUUCCAUCAGUUGAAGAACUGCAACCCGGAGCAUAUCCAGAUUGACCCCAACAGUGUCCCCAUCAAUUGGUCUGAAGUAUCCUAUGGCUACAAUGCGGAAGAGGUCAAGGUGAUCAAGAAGCUCUUCCAUGAAGGUGCUCGUGUGUUCCGUUACUAUGGUGUGGAUCAAACUCAGCCAGAGGUUCAAUACUCUUCGCCCUUCGAAUUCCUUGCUAGUCAAUACACCGCUCCGAUGACUCGAGAAGAGAAGGAACUUCUGGAGAGUUUUGGCACAGUGUUCCACUGUAUUGACACCGCCACCUUCCACGAAGUCUUCCACAGCGAGAUUCCUUAUCUCCAUGAGCUCAUGUUCGAACAUGGUGCUUUACUUCAUUUGCCUCAGUUCUUCCUAGCCAGCGAAGCCACCUCUCCUGCGUUUUCCGGAAUGGUGCUGCAAUACCUGAUGGAACGUAUCCAUGAAGUCGGAACCUCCGAUAUGACCAAGGCUAAAAUCCUGCUAAGGAUGUUCAAGCUCUCGUUCAUGGCUGUGACUCUCUUUUCUGUACAGAAUGAGCAGGUUCUACACCCUCACGUCACCAAGAUAGUGACGAAAUGUAUCGAACUCUCGGUGACCGCAGAAGAGCCUAUGAACUAUUUCCUGCUCCUGCGGUCUCUUUUCCGUAGCAUCGGCGGUGGACGAUUCGAGUUGCUGUACAAGGAGAUCCUUCCACUCCUUGAAAUGUUGCUGGAGACGUUCAACAACCUGCUAAUGGGAGCCCGCAAGCCCCAGGAACGCGAUCUUUACGUCGAACUGACUCUCACUGUCCCGGCACGACUGAGCCAUCUCCUGCCCCAUCUAAGCCAUCUGAUGCGGCCGAUCGUGGUGGCCCUCCGUGCUGAUUCAGACCUUGUCGGACAGGGUCUCAGAACACUGGAACUUUGCGUGGACAACCUUACCGCUGACUACCUCGACCCGAUCAUGGCGCCCAUCAUGGAUGAGUUGAUGACAGCGCUUUGGGACCACCUACGGCCGAACCCUUAUAGUCACUUCCAUGCGCACACCACAAUGAGGAUCCUCGGGAAGUUGGGCGGCCGAAACAGGAAGUUCUUGAACCACCCACCAGAGCUAUCUUUCCAGCAAUUCGCCGAUGACCUGCCGAGCUUCGAUAUUAAACUCAUUGGCCCCAGCGAGAAGCGUCCCUUCCCGGCUGAAAUCGGAGUUGAUCUAGCCAUCGGAAAGCUGUUGGAGGUUCCUAAAUCACCAGCAGCGAAAGCAUCAGAUGGCUACUAUAAACAACAAGCCUAUCGUAUGCUAAGCUCCCAGCUGAAGCUCUUCAUCGGGUUCGAGCAUCUUCCUGAAGAUCUCGGUUCUCUUCUUCGACUACAGGCCAACGAUCUGUUUGAGGGUAAAGCUGGCGGUGUUCCUGACAUUUUCGAGAAGUCUGAACGGUCUAGUUCGAUUCCAAAGAAAGUCUCUCAAGAGGAGACGCUGAAGAAGCUGUUGAAGGCUUGCCUUCUUGCCACUACUAUCCCCGAUCUUGAGCAAACAGCUUCUGCCUUCGUAGCAGACGUCUGUAAACACUUUGUUGUUAUCGAGGUCGGUCGCUCCCUUGCGCAAGCUCGGCAUAGUCGCAAGCCCUUCGAUGUUGCAAGUGGCGAAGGCCCUGUGUAUCUGGACUCCAGGCUGCUUGCCGAAGUUGUGGUCGACUGUUUCUCUUCGGACAAUCCUCUCGUCCGCGACUCAGCCAAGACUGCGCUGAAAGUCAUCAAGGACGCAGCUGCUGUCAUUUUCGGGUCCCCCGAAAGAGUUCCAAAACUACCUUUCUGGCAACAUUUGUCUCGCACAUUCGGCCAUAGCUGUUAUAGCGAGGAAUGGUUUACAAAGGCCGGAGGCAGUCUUGGUAUCCAUAUUCUCGCCACGGAGCUCGACUUGGGCGAUGCAUGGCUAUACGACAAGCAGGCAGAGUUCGUCCGAGCUCUGAUGUAUGUCAUCAAAGACACGCCGUCAGACUUUCCGGCCAGUACGCGUGUUCGGGCACAGGAGACUCUAGAUCUUAUUCUCAAGCGCUGCAGCAAGAACUUCUCUAAGGACGAUUUAAAGAAUGAGAAGAGCAGACUCUACCUGUUGUGCGGCUUCUUCAUUUAUGAACUUGCACAUAUGAACAAAUAUGUGCGCGAGUCGUCUCAGCGUAGCUUCUCUACCAUCGCUGGAGUGAUCGGUUGUGAAAUCCACGAGCUCAUGUUCCCAGUCAAGGAGCGUCUGUUGCAGUCCAUCUUCAAUAAACCUCUGCGUGCACUGCCGUUCCCCACUCAGAUAGGUUUUAUCGAAGCUAUAACUUUCUGCCUGGGUCUGCAUAACAAUAUCGUUACGUUCAAUGAUCCAUUGAAUCGGCUAAUGCUAGAGUCUCUGGCUCUGGCGGACGCGGACGAUGAGUCUCUUGCCUCGAAGCCCAAUGAAUUCAAAAACGCAGAAAUGAUUGUCAACUUGCGCGUGGCCUGCCUCCGUCUCCUAUCUAUGGCUAUGAGUUUCCCCGAGUUUGCAAAUACACCUCAGAAUACCAGCCGCGCGCGUAUCAUUUCGGUGUUUUUCAAGUCACUUUAUUCUCGGUCUCUAGAGGUAAUUGAUGCAGCCAAUGCUGGGUUGAGGGACGUCCUCACACAGACCAACAAACUCCCGAAAGAUCUUCUCCAGAAUGGUCUCCGUCCUAUCCUAAUGAACCUGCAGGACCCCAAGCGCCUGAGUGUCGCGGGUCUAGAUGGAUUAGCGAGACUCUUGACGCUGUUAACGAAUUACUUCAAGGUGGAGAUCGGUGCCCGACUUCUUGAUCAUAUGAAGAUGAUUGCGGAUGAUGCGACGUUGCAGAGAGUUUCCUUCAGUCUGGUUGAACAAAGUGCCCCCAUGAAGAUAGUUGCAGCGAUAUUCAACAUAUUCCACCUUCUCCCACCGGCCGCGACCUCUUUUAUGGAACAUCUCGUGAACAAGGUCUUGGACCUCGAAGGAAAGCUUCGGCGCACUUCGAACAGUCCGUUCAGGAAGCCGCUUGUCAAGUAUUUGAAUCGCUAUCCGAAGGAAAGUUGGACCUUCUUUCAAGCCCGAUUCCAUGAGGAGCGAUAUGGUCGUUUCUUCGGGCAGGUUUUAGCGGACCCUGAAAGCGAGGCACUGCGAUCAGCGUUGGUUGCAGACACAGAAGGUUUCAUAGCGGCAGGUUUUGGACAGGAGGCGACUGACGGCAAGAAUACGGCAGCGAUCAAUGCUAUCUAUGCUGUGCAUUCGAUAUGCUCAUAUCCGUCUACUAAAAAGUGGCUUGUGUCGCAGCCAGAUCUAAGGUCUCGUGUGCUAAGCGCAGGAAAAGACCUUGAAAUCAAGCUUCGGGGCGAUAAAUUACCUGCUAAUGAGAGACUGAGGGUUGAACAGGCUGAGGACCAGUUGAUGCAGGUCUUCACGAUCUACCUCUCGGAGUCCCUGCAGGACCUUGACUUCCUUUUCGAGAUAAUUGAUGCCCUAUCUGCAGAUGCAUUGAAGCGCACAUUGGCGUUCCCGAAGUUCAUUUACAAGCAUAUUAUCACGAAUGAGUCGAUCGACUACAGACGGUCGGUUAUUAUGCGGUGCUUGGAUCUCUAUGGUCAGCGCAACUCUUCACAGAGGACGAAAACCUACGCGUUCCACAACUUGGUCAAUCCCAUUUUCGCCAUGGAUGUCAAGACUACGUGGAACAGUCCGCCUAACAGCCCGAAACUCAUGGACAAGAGCAUGACCGAGUCAAUCCAGAGUCGCCUCUGGAGACCUCAGUUGGGAGAUAUCAGCGAAGAAUCGAACCAACCUGGCGUUGAUCAUUCUAGAAUGGAGCUUCUACAACUGUCCGCCCUUCUCAUAAAGUACCACCACCAGACCGUACAGGAUUCUCGAAAGGAUAUCAUCAAGUUCGCGUGGAACUACAUCCGCCUGGAAGAUAUCAUCAACAAAUACGGUGCCUAUGUUCUUAUCAGCUACUUCAUAGCGCAUUACGAGACCCCAUCCAAGAUCGUGGUCCAGGUAUAUGUCGCCCUGUUGAGGGCCCAUCAGAACGAAGGCAAAGCUCUUGUCACCCAAGCUCUGGACGUUUUGGCCCCCGUUUUGCCGAAGAGAAUCCUAUCCACUAGCAACAACCAAGCUGCAGACCUUCGGUAUCCGUUGUGGGCGAAGUGGCCUCGUCGCAUUCUCGCAGAAGAGACUGCGAAUCUGCAGCAGGUUAUGAGUAUCUUCCACUUCCUAGUGCGACAACCGGAUCUGUUUUACGAGUCCAGAGAACACUUUGUGCCUCUCAUUGUACCGUCUCUAAUCAAGAUUGCGGCACCACCUAACCCUUCUAACGAGAGCAAAAAGCUCGCUCUUAAUCUAAUUGGCCUUAUCUGGCACUGGGAGCAGAAGAGAGUGAAGGGCUAUACGGCGACAUCGAAUAGCGUUACGGAAUCACCGGGUGGAAGAAAGCGCAAGUUCGAGGACACGCAAACAGCUUCCGCUUCUCCUUCGGCUGCACUCGCGCCACCAAAUAUGCGCGAACGCUCAGAGUAUCUGGCUCCUCAUGACCUCCGGGCCGCCAUGGUCAAAUAUCUGAUAACAUUUAUUACAACGAUACCGGAACGGUUCCCUGUACCUGCGUUCAAGCUUCGGGACCUUCCUUCUUCCAAGCCUCAACCCCCAGUUUUGAGCGGAGAAAUGAUCAAAAAAGCCGUCCAGCUCCUGCGGGAUCUAAUGUCACCUGAGUACUGGAGCGACCUUGACAUCGACCUCUAUCAAAAGGUCACGGAGCCUAUACUCGCUGGUGAAAAGGCCGACAAGCCGGACGAAAAGCACACAACAAGCAUCAUCAACGCCCUGCAAGUUGUGCGGAUUAUGCUUGCCUCGAAGCCAGACGAUUGGAUUAUGGCCCGUUUGCCACUGAUUCAAAAGCUUCUAGAGAAACCUCUACGGUCAGAUAAUCCUGAAAUCCAAGAGUCACUUCACGGGUUGGAAGAUGAAAUGGAUAUUUCCCCGAAGCUCCCGCCCCCAGUCAAACGUGUGCUUGAUGCUUUGCCAGACGAUCAGCCCGAGGAAGAAGACGGAAUGGAUGUUGACGACUCAUCUUCCGAGUUCGUCACUUAUUUGUCGGCCAUUGCAACCGAGGGUCUCUCAGCCAACAAUUACAUCUCUAGCCUGAACACUCUGUGGACUCUCUCCAAGAACAAGCCUUCCGAGAUGGAUGCCCAUAUCCCCCAAGUUAUGAAGGCCUUCUCCCAGAAGCUUGCCAAGGAACAUGUCGCAGCGUACACCAACAACCAGGUUCCUGGCCAGUAUCCUCCGGGUAACAAACUUGCAGAGGGUGUUCCGGACCAGCAGGAAUUUGAAAUCGGCGUCGAUCUGAUCUUCAAGACAAUCGAAUUAAUCUCCGUAAGGAUGUCCCAUCUUGGAGAACAGAGACGUCCGUUCUUGAGUGUUCUGGCCCAGUUGGUCGAACGCUCGCAGAAUAUCAAGCUGUGCAGCAAGGUUCUUGGAAUGGUCGAGACUUGGAUCUUCCACUCUACUGAAUCCUGGCCCACGCUGAAGGAGAAAACAGCGGUGUUGCACAAGAUGCUUCUCUUCGAGUCUAGACCAGACCAAACAAUGCUAAAGAAAUUCUUGGAUCUGGUCAUAAGGAUCUACGAAGACUCGAAGAUCACCCGGACAGAGCUGACUGUUAGACUGGAGCAUGCUUUCUUGAUCGGCACCAGGGCACAAGACGUCGAAAUGCGCAACCGCUUUAUGACGAUCUUCGAUCGGUCUCUAACUCGCAUGGCCAGUUCUCGGCUGAGCUACGUUCUCACCUCCCAGAACUGGGAUACCCUUGCCGACUCUUUCUGGCUUUCUCAAGCAUCACAUCUAGUGAUAGGCUGCAUCGAUAUGGCAAGCCCAGCAAGGCUGCACCCUGAUGACUUCACGGUCUAUCCAGUUUCGUUCCUCUUCAGUGUCGCAGAUAAAGAUAAAGAAAAUGUCAUUGUUGAUAAUCAACUGGAAGCCUUUGUUGCGGACCGCAGACGGUUCAUGGCGGAAUUGGGCGAUGUUCGUGUCCGCGAUUUAAUGGAGCCGCUUUGCCAGCUUCAGCAUACGGAUUCCAAUGUGGCUUACAGGCUGUGGACUACGUUGUUCACUAUUUUCUGGUCAACAUUAUCCAGGGAGGAACGCAUCGAUCUGGAGAAAGGCAUGGUGACUCUGGUGACCCGCGAGUAUCAUCAGAGGCAGCUCGACAAGCGUCCCAACGUUGUGCAGGCUCUACUUGAGGGUGCAGUAAGAGCUAAGCCAAGAUUCAAGGUGCCCCCUCACGUCAUGAAAUACCUCAGCCGCACCUAUGACGCUUGGUACACUGCAGCCGUCUACCUCGAAGAGUCUGCAAUAAGCCCUAUUAUUGAUACACCGGCUGUUCGUGAAAGUAAUCUGGAUGCUCUCGUUGAACUCUAUGCCGGAUUACAAGAAGAAGACUUCUUCUACGGGACGUGGCGACGACGCUGUAAGUUCGUGGAAACAAAUGCCGCACUGUCCUAUGAGCAGCAGGGCAUGUGGGACAAGGCUCAGCAGCUGUAUGAAAAUGCCCAGAUCAAAGCUCGCUCAGGAGCUAUGCCGUUCUCACAAGGUGAAUACUACUUGUGGGAGGAUCACUGGUUGAUCUGCGCGCAGAAGUUGCAGCAGUGGGAGAUCCUCAGUGACUUCGCCAAGCACGAAAAUAUGAACGAUCUUCUUCUCGAAGCCGCUUGGAGGAACAUUGAAAAUUGGCAGAGCGAAGCAAACCGUGAACAGCUUGAGUCAUUGAUCAAGUCCGUGUCAGAUGCACCGACCCCGAGGCGCACGUUUUUCCAGGCUUUCAUGGCCCUCUUGAACUUCCACUUCAAGAAGGAGAAUAUUCAGGAUUUCAACGGAAUAUGUGAUGAGUCUAUUCAACUCUCUAUCCGCAAAUGGCACCAACUACCAAAGAGGAUCACAAAUGCCCAUAUUCCGAUACUCCAGCACUUCCAGCAGCUUGUCGAGCUACAUGACGCAAGUGUCAUUUGCGCUAGCCUGGCGCAAACGAACGAAAGAAACCUAGAUACCAAGUCUGCUGAGCUGAAGCUCUUGCUGGGAACCUGGCGUGACCGUUUGCCUAACGUCUGGGACGAUAUCAAUGCUUGGCAGGACCUUGUUACAUGGCGUCAACACAUCUUCCAACUCAUCAACGCCACUUACCUUAGCCUUUUGCCGCCCCAGACGAAUAAUGUGGCCAGCAAUUCUUAUGCCUACCGUGGAUACCACGAAACCGCAUGGAUUAUCAACCGUUUCGCCCAUGUCGCCCGGAAACAUCAGAUGCCUGAAGUCUGUAUCAACCAACUUAGCCGGAUCUACACGCUCCCGAACAUCGAGAUCCAGGAAGCCUUCUUAAAGCUAAGAGAGCAAGCCAAGUGCCACUAUCAGAAUCCUAAGGAGCUUAAUAGCGGUCUGGAUGUGAUAAACAACACCAAUCUCAACUACUUCGGCGCCCAGCAGAAGGCAGAAUUUUACACACUCAAGGGCAUGUUCCUAGCUAAGCUCAACCACGUCAACGAAGCGAACGAAGCCUUUGGUGUUGCUCUCUAUUAUGAUCUUAGACUUGCGAAGGCAUGGGCUGAGUGGGGUCAAUACAGUGACCAACGUUUCAAGUCUGAUCCCACGGAUUACGAGUUGGCUAGUAACGCCGUGAGCUGCUAUCUCGAAGCAGCAGGUCUUUACAAGAAUUCGAAGUCUAGGAAGCUUCUCAGCCGCAUUCUCUGGCUUCUUAGCCUUGACAAUGAGGAAGGCCGUAUUUCGAGUGCCUUCGAGAACUUCAAGGGCGAUACCCCAGUCUGGUAUUGGAUCACCUUUAUCCCGCAGCUGCUCACAAGCCUGUCCCACCGCGAAGCACGUCUCUGCAAGGCUGUUCUUGUGAAGAUUGCCAAGCUCUAUCCACAGGCGUUGUUUUUCCUUCUACGAACGAACAGAGAGGACAUGCUGAGCAUCAAGAAACAGCACGAGCAGAAACAAGAGAAGCUUAACCGCGCAAGACAGCAGGCUCAGGCUCAGGCUGGCGUGAAGGUGGAUGGAAACGGGCCCAAGCCUGCAACAGCAAAUGGAGAAACAUCCACGCAAAACGCCCAGGGUGCUGCCAACAACGACGGUGCCGCUGCUCCUCAGAAUACCAAUGGGCAGUCCAAUGGGCAGCCGCAAGCGCAAAAUGCAGGACAACAACAGGGGCAAACUCCGGGUCAGCCUCUGGCUCAGAAUCAAGGCCAGGGCCAAAACGGGAAUCAGCCUGCGGGCGAGCAAGAACAGCCACAGAAAGAGCCUCUCAAGAAGCCAUGGGAGUACUCAGAUGAAAUCAUGUCUGGUCUCAAGACAGCUUUCCCGCUGCUUGCGCUGUCAAUGGAAACGAUGGUCGACCAGAUCCACAAGAACUUCAAGUGUCCUCCAGACGAGGACGCGUAUCGACUUAUUGUUGCAUUGCUUAAUGAUGGUCUUGCCUAUGUGGGUCGCAUGCCAGGCUCCUAUGCGCAGGACUUCAAGCUGCCUCCUGCCACUGAAGCGAACAUCACUCGCUUUGCGGAGACCAUUCUUCCUGCCCAUAUCCGCAAGUCUUUCGAGGCCGAUUUCGUGGUGAAGAAGCCGACAAUGUACGAAUAUAUCCAGAAACUGCGUCGCUGGCGUGACAAGUUUGAGGAGAAGCUCGAUCGACGGCCGCAGUCUCAGUUCCUGGAGUCGUACUCCCCACAUCUUAGUGAGUUCCGUUUCCUCAAGUUCGACGAGGUUGAGGUUCCUGGGCAAUAUCUGCUGCACAAGGAUAAGAAUCAAGACUUUGUUCGCAUCGAUCGCUUCCUUCCUGAUGUGGAUUUGGUGAGGGGCAUCGGCGUCUGUCACCGUCGCCUGAGAAUCCGUGGCCAUGAUGGUAGCGUCCAUCCUUUCGCUGUGCAACAUCCUGCAGCCCGUCAUUGCAGGCGUGAGGAGAGGAUCCUUCAACUAUUCCGUAUCUUCAAUGGUCUCUUAGCGAAGCGCAAGGAAAGCAGACGACGCAAUCUGUACUUCCACCUUCCGCUCAUGGUGCCCCUGGCACCUCAUAUCCGUCUUGUUCGCGACGAUCCUUCGUACAUCUCCAUACAGGGUAUAUACGAGGAUUAUUGCAGGCGUGUCGGAAUGAAUAAAGACGAGCCGGUGCUCUUCACUAUGGAAAAGAUGAGAGCUCUGGCGGAAACGAAGCAGAACCGUACCUCUGACCAGCAGCAGGUCCUUCGUACUGAGAUUCUUGUUGCUAUUCAAGAGAAGUGGGUCCCGAGCACAAUAGUGCUGGAUUACUUCCAGAAGAUCUACCCCAACUAUGCGGACUUCUGGCUCUUCCGUCGUCAAUUCUCCCACCAAUAUGCUGCGAUCGCAUUUAUGACCUACGUGAUGCACAUGGGCAACCGGUAUCCGAACAAGAUUUCGAUUUCAUGUGCUACCGGUGACAUUUGGGGCUCGGAGCUCAUUCCGACCAUCAACCCUGCCAAGGCUUUCUUUUACAACCCGGAGCAAAUUCCCUUCCGUCUCACUCCUAAUAUCCAGACUCUCAUGGGACCUAUUGCUACCGAAGGUGUGUUUGCUUGCGCAUUGAUGGCCGUAGCUCGCUGCCUCACUGAGCCUAAGCAUGAGCUCGAACAACAGCUGAGCAUCUUUGUCCGCGACGAAAUGAUGUUCUGGGCCACAGCACAGCACCGCGGUGCCUUGCCAACACAGCAGCUGAGGGACCUGGUCUAUAACAAUAGCGAUAUCAUUGUCAACAGAGCAGUGAGCCUUGCCAGCCCUCCUGAGGGUAACCUUCCGGCGAACCAGACGACAGUCGAUCUGAUCUCCAAGGCGGUGAACCCACAGCAUCUGGCAUCUUGUGACGCCCUGUGGAUGCCAUAUCUCUAA